GUGAAGUACCUGCGAGAAGUGACCCCGUACUUCAGGAAAGCCAGUAUAAUCUCGGAGGUGGGAUGGGAACUCCAAAGGGGCUUUCUGUCCGGAGCGCCCCCUGCAGUGAGGUCUCCGCAACGCGCCGACACUCGGUACCUGCCUCUGCAACUCUGCCAUCUAGCGAGAAACUUCAGAUACCCCGAUCCAGAAAGCCGAACGUUGGAACUUCACUCUCCCGAUGCGGUACACAGCUGCGUUCUGAGGGCGGCCGACCCUUCGGAGGCGGCCGCCUGGUUCAACACCCUCCACUCGGCCCUCGAUGCCCUCACCGCCGCUGCCCUUCGCGAGGCCUCCAGGGCCAUCGCCGACCUCAGGUAUAUAGGGUGGCUGCUCAGGAGGCCCAGGUCAGAGAACACCAUGUCAAGUUCUGACUCCUCCUCCUCCCCUCCCGAACACCGCUGGCACUCCCUCUUCGCCGCAGUGACCGACAGCGACCUGCGCAUGUACGAAUCCGCCCCCUGGUCGGGAGAGGCGUGGCUCACCCCGGCCGAAGCCUAUCCGCUGAUCGCGACCCGCCUAGUGGGCACGGCCAGGAAAAGGGGCGGGGAACUGCCUGAGUUCAGCGUGCGGUGCGCGACGGCGGAGGGCGUGGUCGAACACGCUCUGAGGGCGGAGACGCGCAGAGACGUGGCGCAGUGGGCCAAGGCGCUGGUUAAUGGGAGUCAUGCGAGUGCGGUCACGCAGAGGGAGCUGCUUUGUAGGUGCGUUUGGAAAGAGAGGCCAGCGCAACUGGUCAUCCACUACGAAAACGGGUUCACCUUGCUCGAAGCCGGUACUGGAUCGAGAACGAUUUGGAGGUACUCUUUCGACAGGCUGAGGAACUCCUCGGAUGACGGGAAACGGUUUCUGUGGCUGGAUUUCGGCACAGGGGAUGAAAGAGAAGUGAUAACUGCUACUAUAACAUUCUAUACAUACGUGAUUCUGGCACUACCGAUGAUCCUUCUCAACUACAUGAACUACCUGAAAUGGCAAGAGAGACAGAUGAUCAGCAACAUCACAGAACCAAAACCUCUUCCGGUAGUCAUCUGGUAUCCAUUCGAUGAAGACAAACACUAUUUCCUAGCAUUCGGGCUCGACUCUGUGUCCAUAUUAGUCGCUUCGACCUAUAACAACUUC